CACAGAUGGACGGAUAUACUGUGAUCUGGAAGAUAGGGUUGAGAAACACAGACAGAUUUUGUGGUUCAAAGACAGGACUGACAAGUGUUUCCUGAUAUUUCUUUUUCUGCAACAACAUGGGUUUAAGUUCAACUGAAGACUCACACAGCUCUCCAGUUGUCAACGACCUGAGGAUUGUCCUGCUGGGGAAGACUGGAUCAGGAAAGAGCGCAACAGGGAACACCAUCCUGGGACGACAAGCUUUUACCUCAGAGAUUUCUCCGUCUUCUGUGACAGAGACAUGUGAGAAAGAAACUGGCCACUUUGAUAACAGAACUGUCAGUGUGGUCGACACCCCAGGUGUGUUUGACACAUCGAUAAAGGAAGACCAGCUGAAAGGUGAAAUAGAGACAUGUAUCGUGCUGUCUGACCCAGGACCCCAUAUAUUCCUGCUGGUGAUCAGACUGGAUGUACGGUUCACAGAAGAGGAGAAGAAUGCAAUAAAGUGGAUCAAGAACAACUUUGGUGAGGAAGCCUCCAAUUAUACGCUGGUGCUUUUCACUAGGGGAGAUGAGCUCAAGGGGAAAUCCAUCCAGGAUUAUAUAGACCAAAGUUCUGAACUCAGGGAGUUCAUCGAUGACUGUACAGCUGGGUACCAUGUAUUUGACAACACAUCUAUGGAAAAUCGCACUCAGGUGGCUGAUCUGUUUGAACUGAUAGAUGAGAUAGUGCAGUUAAAUGGUAACUAUUACACCAGAAGCAUGUAUGAAGAGGCCCAGAGAAAGAAGAAUUCAAAGGAAUGGUGGAGCAGGUUUGGAGGCUAUAUGAACACUGUGGGUAAUCAGUUGUUUGUGGCAGCAGUAGUCACAGCUGUAGUUAAUGCCCCUGUAGCUGGUGCUGCUGCUGCUGCAGCUACAUCCAUAAGACCAGUUUUAAUGGUCGCAGGUGCAGGAAUUUCUAAAGCCAUCAGUCGAUGGAUGAAACCGACAACAGACAGCUGAGUCAUGUCAAUCCACGAUCCUUUAGGCAAGCUUGUGAUGAGGAAGUACUAUCAAUCCCCAAGGGAAUUUUUUUUCUUCACACAUGGGCCUGUGUAUACACAUAGAACCUAUACAUGCAUUAAAUGGAGAGAUGUCAAAGCAAGGGGGCUGUCCAUAUAUGGACAGGUGGUUUGGUGCCUUGCUCAGAAGCACCUUGCAGUUUCCAGCUACCAUUCCACACUCUAUAUUUGGUGUGGACGGGGGCUUGAGCUGGCAACCCUCCGGUUCCCAACCCAUUUCUCUAUGGAUUGAGUUAGUUCCAGCCCCGAAUAAUAAUGUAACAAGCUUUCAUACAUGAGUGCAAAUUCAGAACUGAAUGUUUUUUGUGUAAAGUUUAUUGUAUUUCUUUAUGUCAUUCAUGUACAUUCAUAUAUAUUAAUCACAGCUUGCCAAAAUUAACCUUUUGUGAGAAAUCUUUAAAAUGUUGAUGCUGCACACUCUGGUCCUGAAUAUUGUUUUGUGUGGAGAACAAAACAAUUGUGUAAUUGUUCUGUUUGAUUUUUAAGAAUAAAAUGAAACAAUGUGACAGCAACUUCAAAAA